AUGAGAGAGAAACUACAGAUUGAGCUUCUCAGAGCCACUGUCUCUGAAAUCAAGCUCUCUUCAGAUUUCUCUUCAAAUGAUCACACAGGGUCAUAUGCCACUGUAUUAGCUGAAGGGGGGGGCGGCGUUGCAACAGCGGUGAGGGAGGCAGGGGAUGAACUGAAUGCAGAUGCAUCAACCGGCAGAACCGCCGCGGCUGUAAGAGAAGCAGGAGGAGAUGUGGCAAUGAAAGUGAUGCUUCUGCAGCUCAUUGACACUGCCACCUUCAAUCUGGCUUUCUUGACAGUCACAGAGGUCACUGCCGCAUCAUGA